AUGGAAGCCAAGGCCGAGCCCCAGGCAAGGCCUAGGAGACGGCUCCGGAUCGGGGUAGAUGUCGGUGGGACGAACACGGACGGAGUCGUGCUGGAGCCUUCACGGGCGUGGGACGAGGACCGAGGCAUCGUGGCGUGGCACAAGACGGCCACCACGAGCAACCCGAGCACGGGCAUCAGCGCGCUUAUCAUCAACAUGUUCACCACGGCCGGCAUCUCUGCCGGCGACGUGGCCAGCGUGACGAUCGGCACGACGGCGUUCGUCAACGCAGUUGUCGAGCGCGACGCAUCGCGGCUCUCGCCCGUGGCCGUGCUUCGCCUGUCGGGGCCCUUCUCCAAGCACGUCCCGCCGUGCGUCGACUGGCCCGCCGACAUGCGGGCCCUGGUGCUGGGCUAUUACGCCCUGGUGCGGGGAGGGCUCGAGGUGGAUGGCACACUAAUCGGCGACAUUGACGAGGCCCAGAUCCGCACCCAGUGCCGCGAGAUCCGCGCCCGCGGCAUCCGCAGCGUCGUGGUCAAUGGCGUCUUCAGCCCCAUCGACAAUCUCGAGCGCCAGGAGGAGCGCGCCGCGGCCAUUGUGCGGGACGAGAUUCCCGGCUCCGAUGUCGUCUGCUCAAAGGAGGUGGCCAGCCUGGGCUUCUUGGAGCGCGAGAACGCCGCCAUUCUUAAUGCGUCCAUCCUCCGCUUCGCCCGCGCCACCAUCCGCUCGUUCCAAGAACCUGUCCGCCAGUUGGGACUCGAUUGCCCUGUCUUUAUCACCCAGAAUGACGGCACCAUUCUCUCCGGGGACAUGGCCGCCCGGCUGCCAAUCCGGACGUUUUCGAGUGGCCCAACGAAUAGCAUGCGAGGCGCGGCUUUCCUCGUCCAAGGUAGUCGACAGAGUACGGAUGGCAGCGAAGGCGAGGCCAUGAUGGUGGUAGACAUUGGUGGAACGACAACGGACGUGGGGCUGCUGCUGGCCAACGGUUUUCCGAGGCAGCAGGCCGCCUACAGCGAGUUGGCCGGUGUGAGAAUGAACUUUUCGUGCCCAGAUAUCAAAAGCAUUGGGCUUGGCGGCGGCUCGAUUGUCAGGAGAGGAACAGACAGCAAGCCCACGACCAUCGGUCCAGACAGCGUGGGCUACAGGCUGACGGACGAGGCCACCAUAUUCGGGGGGCAGGUUCUCACCGCAACAGACUGCGCAGUGCUGGCCGACCCCGGCCUUCGCAUUGGUAAUGCAGACCUCGUCAAGGGGAUGCUGACGGCCGAGGAAGAGGCGGAGAUCGAGAAUGUUGUGAGACGCAAGCUUGAGAAGGUCAUCGACACGAUGAAGACGUCGCCUGACGACCUGCCGGUGAUUCUCGUCGGCGGCGGGGCCAUCAUCGCCCCCAACGAGCUGAAAGGCGCGACCAAGGUGCUCAAGCCGCGGUGGUCCGAAGUUGCCAACGCCAUUGGCGCUGCCACGGCCCGCGUCAGCGCCGUCGUCGACACGGUCAAGUCCACCGAGUCCAAGACAUCCCAGCAGCUGCUCGACGAGAUCUGCAAGGAGGCCAUCGAGAAGACGGUGGCGGCCGGUGCCACGCCGGGCUCUGUCAAAGUCGUCGAGAUGGAGACACUGCCACUCCAGUAUAUUGCCAAUAAGUCCCGCUUUAUCGUCCGGGCAGCCGGAGAAUUUGAUUUCUCACGGACAGACCUCGCCAAGUCUCCACCUGCCAGCGAAGAGUCUAGGCCAGAGGUAGAAGAAGACGCAGGAGAGACUGAGACGCGACAAAAAGGACAGACAAACGCAGCCGGAUCCGUCGAAGCACCAGAAGUCGACAUCGGAACCUACAAGCCAGAUGUACGCAGCCGCGUCUGGUACAUCAGCGAGACAGACCUCGGCUGGAUUUCUACCGGAUGCUACGUCCUGGGCACCGGCGGCGGCGGGUCUCCCUAUCCGCACAUGAUCCUCCUCCGGCAGCUUCUCCGCGCGGGAGCCGUCGUGCGCGUGGUGAGUCCCGACGACGUGGCCGACGACUCUGCGGUCGGGUGCGGGUGCGGCGCAGGCAGCCCGACAGUGGGCAUCGAGAAGCUUCAGGGCGACGAGAUGAUGGAGGCGCAGACGGAGCUGUACAAGAUGUGCGAGCAGCGGGCCACGCACAUGAUCGCGCUCGAGAUUGGCGGCGGCAACGGGAUACAAGGCCUGACGCUGGCAGCGAGCUCCAACAUGGACAUCCCGUGCGUCGACGGCGACUGGAUGGGCCGCGCAUACCCGACCAAGUGGCAGACGACGCCCGUCGUGUUCAACGAGCGGUCGCCCAUCUGGUCGCCCAUCGCCGUGGCCGACGGCAAUGGCAACGUCGUCGUCAUGCCCAAGGCCGCCUCGGACCUGCAGGUCGAGCGCGUCAUGCGCGUCGCCCUCAGCGAAAUGGGCUCGCAGGUCGGCUGCGCGGACCCCCCCGUCACCGGCGCCGAGAUGAAGCGCUGGGCCGUCGAGCACACCGUGUCGCAGGCGUGGCGCAUCGGCCGCGCCGUGGCGAGGGCGAGGCAGAACAACACGGUCGACGCCGUCGCCGAGACCAUCGUCGACGAGUGCGGCGGCGACGCCUCGGGCCGCGUGCUGUUCAAGGGCAAGAUUGUCGGCGUUCACCGCACGCUGCGUAAGGGCCACAUCUACGGAGAGUGCAUCGUCGAGGGCCUAGGCGGCCGCUUCACAGGCCGCAUCAAGAUCCCCUUCAAGAACGAGAACAUUGCCGCGAUCCGCAUCCCAGAGCCCACGGAGAGCAGCAGCUCCACAGACAGUCCAGACGCGCCGGCGCUCGAGAGCCAGGAAGACGUGCUGGCCAUCGUGCCGGACCUCGUGUGCGUGGUCGACGCGCAGAACGGCGAGGCCAUCGGCACGCCCGAGUACCGAUACGGGUUGCUGGUGGCGGUGCUCGGCCUCGCGGCGUCGGACCGCUGGACCGGCUCGCAGCGUGGCCUCGACCUCGGCGGGCCCAAGGCCUUCGGCUUCGACCACCUCACUUACGCGCCCCUGGGCGUCUUUGCCAAGCCCCGCAGCGUCAUUGACGAGUUCGACCGCGACCAUGAUGCGUCAGCUAGUAAUGUCCCCAAGCCGAGGCGCGCCCCGAGCACUACAUAG